UUACCUCAUGUAAUAACAUGUGUCGUACAGACUGUGUUUUUGAAUAGCUUUGGUAGAAACUGUAACCAUUAGAAUGUAAAUGGCACAAUAAUAGUACAAUUUGCGCUUUGUACUCUCCAGCUGCAGAGGAACAAAGAUGGCGGCCGGCUAUGCGUGGUUCCUUGUUCUGGGAUCGGUUUUCCUCUGCAAUCUAAUGAAAACACUUCUGCCGACUAUAUCAUCAUUCUUGUCAAAGAUGAUGCAAAAGGAUGCUGAGCAGGAGAGUGAAAUGAGGACAGAAGUCCAGGAGAUGAAGAAGGAGCAGUCCUCAAUUAGCAUGAUGGAUGAGUUUGCAAGAUAUGCCAGACUGGAGCGCAAAAUCAACAAAAUGACCGAUAAGCUGAAAACACACGUGAAAUCAAGAACAGCACAACAAGCUAAAAUGAAAUGGAUUGUGAACAUUGUCUUCUAUAUACUGCAGGCUGCUCUGAUGAUCUCUUUGAUAUGGAAGUAUUACUCUGAUCCAGUUACUGUGGUCCCAAGUAAAUGGAUUGCCCCAGUGGAGCGCCUUGUGGCCUUUCCAACUGGAGUGGCAGGUAAUGAGUCUCUCCGCGGUGGAGUUGGAAUAACAUGCUGGUUGGUGGUUUGCAACAAAGUCAUAUCACUGGGUCUUCAUGCUGUCAGCUAGCGACUUAGCUGAGUGAUGUUCAGUGGUUUAACUUUUUGCUUAACUCUUUAUUUGAAAGAUCAGUGGUUCUGGAACUCUGUACCCUUUUUAUUUUAACUGCUGUAAUUAAAGAUGUCAAAAUGCAGUGCAUUUCAUUGAGGUUGUUUUAUAUUGCAAUAUUAUUUUGCUGAUCAUUUUGUAAUGUUUUUUUUUUAUUUAUGAUGAGGGUGAUUUGAGUUUAUAUUGUUUUAUAACAAUGGUUUAGGACCUCUUAAGAAAAAAUAAUCAAAGACUUAUUUAUCGUUAUAUACUGAGAAUUCAGUGGCAAAAACAAGUCUGUGGAUUAUCUGAACAACUUUUACAAAUUGAAAUGAACUCGGUAAAGCUCUUGGGUCAAAAAUCAUUUAGCCGGAGAACGUAACUCUGCUGAGACUACUUAGUAUGAACUUCCCUUCACUCAUACUUAGGCUACUUAAUCAACCCCCAAUCAAUCUUCAAGAAUUCUUAUGAGGCUCUUGACUCACUUCUUAAGGUUCUAAUUGGGCUUCAUGAUCAAUAUGCUGAGGGCGGGUCCCCUUUGCAGGAUUUCCAUUGAUGGUUUAAAGGCGUAUAGUAGCAUCUGAUGUGAGUCACCUUUCUGUCAUAUUCAAAUGUUUCUGCUUGUCCUCUCUCUCCUGCAACCUGUGAUCCUGGCUGAUAAUCUGUAGAUUCUUGAAACAAACCCCUUUGCAUAUUAUUUUGUUUUCUUAGCUUGUUUCUGCUUGUUUCUGCAAUGAUUGUUGUUGUGGCAGGCCCAAGUCUCAUGAUGCAACAACUGCCAGACUGUAGCCUACUUGUAGUGACUGAUGAUGACCUGGAAACUAGGAUGAUGUCAGGAGUAUAUGUGAUGAGAAAUGAUUUUGAAUGAUGAGAAAUAGAGACAAGUGCAUUUUGUAUUUCUGGAUAAGUAAACCCAGUUCAACAUCUUAUGAUGUUUGAGUCCUAUGUGUAUGCAUAGAUCUGUGUUGUUCUUGGUUCACAUAAAUAAAAGCACCAAUCCUGAUCAAAAA